CCCCGGUCACUCAGUUGGGGUCACACUCCUUGUUGACUGUUGUCUUCUCCUCCACCCCAAAACAAAACCAAAAAAACUCUUCUGGAUCGUCAAUGGAAGACUCUCACUCUCACUCUCACUCUCACUCUCAGCAGCAGCAACACUCGCAACUCACAGAUGGAAGAAUCUCCACCGUCGGAUUCAGCCACAGCACCGGUGGAUCGAACGGCGGUGGUGGUGCAAAGUACAAACUCAUGACUCCAGCUAUGCUCCCUAUCUCUAGGUCAACCUGUAUCACUAUACCUCCCGGUCUUAGUCCUUCCUCAUUCCUCGAAUCUCCUGUUCUUCUCUCUAACAUCAAAGCUGAGCCAUCUCCGACUACAGGUUCCUUCUCCAAAUACCAAACAGUGCAAGGCUCUGGUGGGGCUGCUCCAUUCUUAUUGACGAGAGGUUAUUCUACUGGCAGUACAUACAUUGAAAGAAAAUCCAGCUGCUUUGAGUUCAAAUAUGCCGGUGGAUCUAGUUCUACAUCAGCAUCAUUAGCGACUGAACAUGUGAUUUCUACAGGUCUCAACCAACAACAAAAUGAGCCACUGAAAGAAGUUCAAGAUCAAAGUCAUCCUCAAUUGUUAGCACCUUCAUCUCUGGCUAAACAUGAGAUGGCAACAUCAACAGAACUGAGUAUCUCUUCACCUAUCAAUGUUGAUGCUUCAUCAAAAGAAGAGAGUCUAUCUGCACCUAUUAAUGUUGAUGCUAUGAAUCUGAGAGGUCAAUCUAAUACAAGCAUGCAAGGUUCACAUGCUGAUCAUAAAGAGUUGUCAUCAGUAAUCCCUGAGAGAUCAUCAGAUGAUGGGUAUAACUGGCGAAAGUAUGGCCAGAAACUUGUUAAAGGAAGUGAAUUUCCAAGGAGCUAUUACAAGUGUACAUACCCAAACUGUGAAGUGAAAAAAAUAUUUGAGCAGUCACCUGAAGGCCAAAUAACAGAGAUAGUUUAUAAAGGUUCGCAUGGUCAUCCUAAACCCCAACUGAGCCGUCGAUUUUCUCCUGGUGCUCUCAUGUCCAUCCAAGAAGAUAAAUGUGAGAAGGAAGCGUGUUUCAGAGGUCAAGAAGUCUAUGUUGAAGACAAGCUCAACAACAAUGCCCAGACCAGCAAAAUUGAGCCCGGUAGUACUCCCGUAUCACCUCAGCAAGCGGACACUGAUGGUCUUGAAGGAGCACUGUCACAGAUGCAGGGCACUAAUGAUGAUAUGGAUGAGGAUGAUCUAUAUGCGAAAAGAAGGAAAAUGGAUGGUGGGAUGGAUAUAACACCGGUGAUUAAGCCUAUCCGUGAACCACGUGUUGUUGUUCAAACGGUCAGUGAAGUUGAUAUAUUGGAUGAUGGGUACAAGUGGCGCAAAUAUGGACAGAAGGUGGUCCGAGGCAAUCCAAAUCCAAGGAGCUAUUACAAGUGCACCAAUGCUGGAUGCCCUGUCAGGAAACACGUGGAGAGGGCUUCUCACGAUCCCAAAGCUGUUAUCACCACAUAUGAAGGAAAACAUAAUCACGAUGUACCUACUGCAAGGAAUAAUAACCAUGAAAUGGCAGGAUCCAUGUCUGUAACUGGCGGUUCAAGGAUCAGGACAGGAGAGACCAACUCACUUAGUCUGAAUCUAGGCGUCGGUACUGGAUAUCGUCUGGAGAAUGGGAACAACGGGCAACUUCACGCUGUCCAUAGCCAAGUUCAAUCUUCACGUUCAGGUAUGAUGCUAGUACAUAGUGGCAUGAGCCGAUUUGGAGCUAUAGAUAAUCAUGUUCAAGGACCUAGUUUUGAAACUUUGCCUUUACAACCUUCUACUCAAUGUCACCAAAACUAUGGAAAGAUACUCCUUGGCCCGUGAUCAUAUCUACCAUCAAGUAUAAGCUUAGCAAUAAGAAGCCACCAUCUAUUUUUUCCUGCAUCUUGGUGGAUUAGAAAGAUAUCUCUAGUUGAAGUAUAGAUACUUUCCCAUAUACUUCUAGGAUUCAUAAUGCUGUAUAAUACACCUUCACCUAGUGUUCUUAACAUAAUUACCAAAAAGUUAUCCCUGUAUCUUUGUACAUAUACCUAGAGUAUAUUAGGAAAUGGAACAACAGUGGAUGACUGAGCAAAUGUCGAUCUCCAAUAUCUUUCUCCCAUGAAUACGGAUCAAUGGCAUUUUCGAGGAAUUAUAAUGAACUUUUUCAAUGUAUUAUAUUUUCUGUAAUUAGGACGAGGGCACUUGGCUAAUGUAUUUUCUGAAAAUAUUAUGGUCAAUAUAAUAUGAGAAUGCAUUUUUGCGAGAA